AAUUUAUUUGUGCUUCUUCAUAUUUUAGGGGACUUAUGAGAAAGGAACUAAUGAGGACAUUGAAGAGUUCAUUUACCAACUACUUGAGAUGUCUCAGGUGAUGGCACCGUGAAAAGGAAAAUUGCCCUAAAUUAUGCUACAAAAAUGCAAUUUUCUCUUAAAUUAAACUUCAUUUAUCUCUUUCUGUUUUCUCCUUUUCAUUCAUUCCGAGAAUCCGCUCAUAGUCAUAGACGGAGACAGUCAAGACGAACAUAAUCAAUCAUUUGCCUCUCUGAUUAUGUAUGGUAUGGUAUUGGUAUACAGUAGUAUGAUCUUUCUGUUGUUUCCUCACUGAAAGAAGACUCAAAGACGGAGAUGGUACUGUGGCCGUACUCUCCCUCGCCUAAGCAGCUAACCCUACACAUCUGCGGCUUCCUCACUGCUGCUGUCUUCAUCGCCGUAGGAACCCAUCUCUCCUUCUCCAACAUCGCCCCUCAACAGGCCCGAGCCCAGGCCCGUAAAGAUUUCCUCAAAGCCCGUCUCAGAAAGCUCCUUGAAGAUUAAUCUCGACAUUCCUGUUUUUGGUAUACAUGAUGAUGAGUUUUUGAUUUUGAUGCGAGAAACUAGUGCUUGUUAAGCGUUUGCCUCAAAUGCAUUUUCUUUGCUCAACUUGAAGAGGAAGGGAAAAGCAAAGAUUAGUGGCGAAGAUUCUCUCUGAGCUUCAACCUCAUGAGUGAUUUCACCAGUAGCAUUCUAGUGUUUGGCGGCAAGAUUUGGGCGAUCCAUUUCUUCUGAGAUUGUGCAUGUCAUAGACUUCUUAUAGUCUACGAACGUGAGUCUUUUAUACAGAAAUGAGUUUUGGUCGCCCCACAUCAGAGGACAGGGCCCAAUGCUGUUUUGUGUGAAGCAACUGCCAACGCCUUCAACAAACAAUGAUUAUUCAUCCUCUGUUUCCCAAGGUUCUUCUGUCGAGAAUACUCCAAGAAGAGGUGCUCAACUCUCUGCCACAAUUAACCUUAGUGAAGAAUACGCUCUUGCAGUUCAAACUCACUCUUAUGGUGAGAUUCAGAGAACCUUUGACCAGGACAACUCCUUCGACCAAACCAUAGACUUUGAAAAUGUAGACUUCUCUGAGGAACCUCAGCUGUUAGAACAGGUUCUUCGACCAAGCCGUGAGUAUGUUCAAGAAACACUUUCGCUUAUUAGGCACAACCCGCUUACUUAUCUUGUAGCUACCUACUUUGAACAUAGUGAGCAAACUUCCCGUUUAUGCUUCCUCCUCUUCCAGAGUGUCCGCCGGGCUCAGCUCAUCUACUCCCCUAUUCAUAACCUUCUUGAUGACCUCCCCGUGGAGUUCGACUCUGACUCUUAUUCCCUCUCCCACUCCCUAUGCAACUCGGCACACAACAUUUUUCUCCAUUUUGGCAGCCUUGAAAACCCCUUCCUCCCCCCUGACUCAGAGAACUUCAAUAAUGUGCGCCAAUGCUUCUCCGACCUCACAGACCGGCUCGGCCAUCAUGUCAGAAAGCCACGGUCGAGAACCCAUCCUGUACGCUACUGUUCAACAGGAUGUGCCUUGUGUUUGAUUGCAGCUGCAGUUGGUGUGGCCAUGUCAGCUGUGGCAAUAGCUAGUCAUGCUUUAGUUGCCCUAGUUGGAAGCCCCAUAUGCAUAGCAAUGUUUCCUUCCAUCGCAACAAGGAAAGAAACGGCCCGUCUACCUCAACUUGAUGCAGCAGCCAUCAAUGCUUAUGUCCUUCACAAGGAGCUGGACACCACUGAUCGACUGGUUCGCCAUCUCCACACUGAUGUCGAAAACGACAAACUUCUUGUUCGGCUGGGAUUAGAAAGGGGCAUGGAUGAGUAUCUCAUACAGGAGAUAUUGAAGCAGCUUCGGAGAAACCGUUCAGGUUUUGUGCAACGGCUUGUCAAUCUUGAGGAGCAUCUGAUCAUCUGUUUUGCUGCAAUAAAUCGGACAAGAUCGCAGCUUGUUCAAGAGAUCCACCUGCAUCAAAAUCCAGGUUGAUUUUCUGCAGGAUAGUUGGCAACUUUACCUUCUACAGCAUUCGACUGUUCAACAUUCAUAGGCCAAAGUAGUGUUAUUUUCCAUUCAUAAUGUUUGGUACUCUAAAUUCCCAGACAUAUUGUUAAAUUUCUUUGAAAAAAAAAUGAGUGAAUCUUUUGGUUAAAGAUAA